GCAAGUGGCCAACACUACGAAGGCCUGGCGAGUGCGGCUCGGAAUUCAAAUUGCUUGUCCCCGGCUUGCAAGUCUCAACUGAUCAAGAUCGACUACGCGUACAACUUGGUCCGCCACAUUACCCAUGCCAGCGUUGGGCUUUUCACGGGCGAGGUGGCAUCUGACACCAAAGGUCAGGGCAAAUGGAGGGCCAAAAAGCAAUGGGCCCAGCGGGGCCACAUGGGCAGCCAGGUCCAUUCCACUCGUGCUACUUCAGAAUCGAGUGGAGGUGAAGACGUAGUCGAGGUGGCAGGCGGCGCCCACAUUGGGAUUGAGGCUGCCACCUUGGUCAAGCAGGAGGCGGUCAUCUUUGACACCGCGGGUACCCAGACGGAGGAGACAGAGCCUCCUAUUUAUGAUGUGAUCAUGGCCCGUCUGUAUGAGCUCCAAGAUAUCACCAUGGAGACGCGUGCCGACGUCCUCUCUUUGAGCACGAAGGGCCAGCACGUCGUCCAACAGGAGGUGCACCAGGCAUCAGACAACAUCGUUUCCGAGGGGAUGCAAGACUCCUUCGUGCAGCGGGACGAGGGCCUCUUCAAGAGCGACGCUUCGACUACAGCAGACAUGCCGCACUACGUGAUGAUCUCCGCAAGUGGAAAGAAUAGACAGCUGAUCGACAUUCUUCGCAAAUCGGAGGCAGGGCAGUUCUUCAUCUAUACGCGGUCUAGGCCAAGAACCCUAGCUUUGCAGGGAUUGCUAGAACGCAGCGGCUUCGCUCCAGAGGGCCUGUGCGAGGUGGGUAGUGCCACCGAUCUGGUUUCGGACUCCUCCUCGGACGCUUCCGCAGAGAUGGAGGAGGAGACAAAUAACAGCUACACGGGCUUCAAAGCGUUGGGCCAUAGCACGGGUGUUUCAUUCGCCAAGCCCACGUGUUACGUCAUCAACUACGACAUGCCCGUGGAUCUGGAUUCUUACAUGCAUCGAGUUGGGCCAGAAGCUUGCCAGGGCUGCCAAGUAUUGGAUGUCAUUACUUUUACGGUCGAAGAAAAUGAGGUCAUGGUUUUGCAAGAGAUGCUGGGCUGCAGCAAGGCGGACGCCAUCCGCGAGUGCUGUGACCAGCCAGGCAAGACCACGAGAGCGGAAUACGUCGAGCUUCACGUCGCGGACACGGUGGGGGCUGCUCUCGCGCAGCUCCGUGGCCAGGUGGCGGAACGCCUCCUGCAGGCCACCGACGACGGGGCUGCGACCACGCUCAAACGCGCAGAGAAGCUCUUCACCUUCUUCGACCGAGCGGUGGAGGCACUGGUCGGCGAGGGCCUGGUCAGCGAGGCCAUGACCCGUGGUUUCUGGCCGGCCACGGUGGCCACGGAGGCGGGGUUGCAGGCAGGCCUGCAGGACACCAGCAACGACCUGGUCGCGGCCGUGAAGCGCCAUCUCGGCCGGGACCCGCGGCAGUCUGUGCCGGGGCCCAACGGGGGCCGCUUUGAACGCUGGCGCGCCCUCCUGAAAUAUUCAACUGCUCUGGGCGCGGUCGCCAAAGUGACGGUCCUCUUCCUGUGCGGGAAGCUCUCCCCGGAAGCCAUGCGAGCCAACCUGAGCGCGCGCUUGGUGGCUUUCCGCAAACGCAACGGGGACCUCCGGCCUAUCGGCGAUAGGCUGGAGGCCCCCGUUGCGGCAGUGUGCUGCGCCGCCUCGCAGCCGAGGCAGCGUGCUGCGCCGCCUCGCAGCCGAGACAUCCUGGCCUCGGAGGUCUGGGGCAGCAGGGGCUGCAGCAGCACCCGCCGGUCGGAGGCGCAGGAGCCGUCGCUGUGGCUGGGCGGCGAGGGCUCCCAGACGUUCUCGACGCACGCCCUGGGGACCUUUGCGCACGACGUGGGGGGAGAGCGCAACGCGAGUGAUCUCAGCCUCGGCGUGAACGUGACAUCCUCGAGCUCAAGACAUCCUGGCCUCGGCGAGCUCAAGACAUCCUGGCGAGCUCAAGACAUCCUGGCCUCAGAGGUCUGGGGCGGCAGGGGCUGCAGCAGCACCCGCCAGUCGGAGGCGCAGGAGCCGUCGCUGAGGUGGGCGUCGGCCGUGCGCCUGCACCUGCAUCGGGGCCCCGACGGUCAGGCUCCGGAGGGCCAGGAUCGCAAUCUCGAGGUGCCGCCGCCGCGCGCCGGGCCGGGCCUCCAGCGCGGGCCGGCCGCGUGCACCGCGGCCGCGCACCCCAAGUUCCAGGGCGACCUUGUGGGCGCCAAGGAGGGCAGGGGCCGCGUCUCCCACGCGCGCGCCCCCCUUCAGACGAAGCAGAUCAACACAGCCUACGCGCACUGGGUCGCCGCGCUUGAGAUCGCGUUCCUGGAGACCCACGCCGUGCCAGCCGAGGAGAGGGCCAAGUACCAAGGCAGGGCGCAGGGCUACCAGACGGCCCACCAGGUCAUGAUGGCGACCCCUGGCCGUGCGCACCGCCAUGACCCCGUGGCUAGCUGGUGGCAGAACUUCGGCGCGCUCCCGCAGAGCUACGCGGCGCUAGCCAAGAAUGGCAGGGACGUGAAGGAGCGGGAGUCGAUCGCGAGGCGCGCCCAGGCGAUGCUGAUUCAGGUCGGCAGAAACGACGACCACAAGAAGUACUUCGGCCCUAAGGGCGACCCUACGGAGGCCGAGGAGCGGAAGCUCCAGGUGGCCCCCCUGGACUUCUGCGACGAGCACGACCUCGACCACAUAUGCGCGAUCACCCAGCGCGGGCAGCACGGCGCCACAGCCAGAGCUGCGGGGAGGGCCCGCAAGCGAUGCCUCGACUGGGCCAAGCGGGCCUGGAAGGAGCCCCCAGGGAAGCUCCACCGCGCCGCGAAGGAUCCGGGCCCACCCAAGCUCGAGACUAAGCUCCACGGCGUCACCUUCGCCGACCCCUACACGGUUAUGAAUGGGGCCGGCAGCGCGUGGAGGCAGAUCUGGACUACCAAUUCCCACGGCGAGCACCAGAUCAUGCAAGCCUACCUGGAGGCGAUGCGCAGGGCGAGGGGGGGCCCUCUCCCCUGCAUCGAGCCGCAGCACAUCUACGUGGUCGUCCGCGUCGCGGCGGAGCUCGAGGUCUCCCCGAAGACCGCGGUGAUCGCGUCUUCGGCUGCGGUGGCCCUCAACGUGCACACCUACCUCAAGCGCGCGGGCGUCAGGCCGUGCAGGCCGCAGCGGGAAAGGUCCCUGGACGUUGUCUCACAACCGCCCGCGAUCCUGGGCGACAAGGGCCCAGGCAUCGAGCUCAGAAGGCAGACCAUCCUGGAGUGGCUCAACUUCUGCUUCGCGAACCCGAACUACCACCAGCGCAUCCGCAAGACCUGGCGGGUCAUCUACACGAAGGUCACCUGCAGCAGCACGAGGCGCUGGAGACAGGUGAUGGGCCCCAUCUCCGCCGUCCAGGCCAUCCUACUUGACGCUGGGUGGGACUGUCCUUCUCCCUUCGAGUGGUCUCGACAGCCUCGAGAGGGUGAGCAGGGCGAGCAGACAUGGCCCCUACCUCGCAAGGACUGUGGGGAUGGGGAGCAGAGACGCGAGCAGGUCGACCCGUCGCAGCUGGCCCUGGAGUUCUGUCAGUCCAUCGAGAGCGGCUAUUGCCCUCGCUUGCACUGGCUGGCCCUGCGCGCUGUGGCCUUGCCGCCCGUGCGGGCGCGCACCCGGUAUUUCGAGAUAUGGGGCGGGACGGUGGGUGGAGCUGGGUUGGGCGGGACUGUGGCAGGCGCGGCGCACGUCCUGUGGGUGCCCUCACACAUCGAGGGCGCCGCCAGUGUAGCGCGUGACCCAGUUGCCUUCGCCCGCACGCUAGGCAGCGCCUGCGCAGACGCGUGGGCUGGCGAAGCCGCCCGCCGUGCAUGGGACGCGGCCGUAGUUGGCGCUGCACCCCCUACUGACUUGCACGAUGCGCAGUGCGCCCUCAUCAGGCGCCGCGCCCGUCGCGCGCUCGCUGAUACCCUGGCCGUCGACCCGCGGGUCGCGGAGCGACCCUCGCAGGCCGAGGGGCAGCGCGCCACUCCGCUGCAGCGCGCCUCGAGUGCCAGCCCCCACUCCUACGUGCUCCACUCGAGCAAGUACAGGUGCUCAAGCUGCGGAGUCACAGUGGAUAAGGCUCAAAUCCGCCCAGCCUGUGCGACGCCGUGCCAGCCAGUGGCGCCCCAGCCUGUCGCAAGUGACCAGGUCGCCCCAGCACAGGGGGCGGCCACACUCUGUGGCCGCGAGCUGCACUCCUCACAUAAGCUGCACUUCUCGCAGAAGUGCUGCAUGUAUUUCUGCCGCGAAUGUGGCAAGACAGCCACCGAAGACCCUAGGCACCUUGCCAGUCCGUGCGGGGGCCUAACCCGCAAAGGCAAGGAUAAUCUGGCUAAGAUCGACAAGGGCCUUUUUACGCGCGCCCGUGCGGGUCGCGACAGCCUCGCUCCGUAUAUCCGUGCGGCUUCCCACGGCAUGGCCGUGGAGCAGGAGGUCCAGUGGCUGCGCACGGCGACCGCCGACACCAUCCAGUGUUGCAGCCUGCUUUCCAUAUUGCACUUGAGCCUGCCUCCUCUGCGGUCUACGAGGCGCGGCAGCACGUCCACGGAG